UUAAAGACGCCUCAGUAACAAACCGAAUUCUGCUUUGGUCGGAAGUGUUUCCAAAACUAUAUUUAAAGUUGUUGCACUGGUAUGACUGCCAGAUUCUGCGACUGUCGGUUCCCUAACUGCAUCGAGCUAAAUGCUCAAAGGAGCCGCUUACCCGACUUGGUCAGGUGUCGAUGCGGCGAGAAUGGGGUCGAUAAUGUCGAUCCCUGGCAAUGGAACAGCACCGAUGGGUCGGAUGCUUUGAUCACCGGUAAAGACAUCGUCUUCCAUCCCACUAGCAGUCGGGGCACUGCCAUUGUGAGGGGUAACCGGUCUCUGGAACCCGGCAUGGUGCACUUUUGGGAGAUGCUCGCUAUCUCUCCGCUAGUCGGGACUGAUGUGAUGUUUGGCAUCGGAACGCAAAGCGUUAAUCUCGGUCAACAUGAAAUCGAAUUUGUUUCGGCUCUGGGUACUGAUGACCAGUCCUGGGGUUUCUCGUACUAUGGAAAGAUUCAACACGGCGCGGAACAGUGGUCGUAUAGCAAAAAGUUCUCCCAGGGCUGCCUGAUUGGUGUAUACUUGGAUCGCUCUCGCGGGCACUUGGAGUUCUAUUUGAACCGAAAAAGAUUAGGAGUGGCCUUCACCAAUAUACCCGUGGAUCCAAACGUAAACAUAUAUCCCAUGGUCUGCUCUACCGCCGUCAGGACUGUGAUAAGGUUAACCAAUUCCACGUCUAUGCCCGAUACACUGCUGCUCCGAUCCGUCCAAACAUUGUCCACCAAACAGCCAGACCAGCUCUUAAAAUUCCGCCAAAUACCAGCGUUUAAGCGAAUCUUUAAAUCUUUUUGGUUCCUAUACAUGUAAUUUCAUUACUCCGGUUGACUU